AAUGUGGUCGGUUCUACAUCGACGACAAUUUGCAAUUAUUGCUGGAUUAAUGCAAACUGUUUUUAUUGUUCUUUUUGCUAAAUAUGUAAAAUACAUUGAUCCACUUGAUGAUUCUCGGAGAGUUUAUUCAGGAACUGAUUAUCCAUUGUUCCAGGAUGUCCAUCUAAUGAUUUUUGUGGGAUUCGGAUUUCUCAUGGCAUUUUUAAAAAGAUAUGGAUUCUCAGCUGUAUCUGUAAACCUUUUAUUGUCUGCUUUUGUGAUUCAAUUUGCAAUGCUUCUUCGUGGAUUUAUGACCGUUGCAUUUCAAGAAACAGGAUUAUUCAGUAUUGGAAUUCCAGAAAUGAUAUCUGCGGAAAGUUCAUGUGCAGCUGUACUUAUCACAAUGGGUGUGCUAUUAGGAAGGUUAACUCCAGUUCAAUUCCUUUUACUUGCAUUUUUCGAGACAGGAAUAAAUGUUCUCGUUGAACAUUAUGUUUUCAAUUAUCUUCAUGUAAACGACAGUGGUAGAUCUCUUUCCGUCCAUACAUUCGGUGCAUAUUUCGGAUUAGCAGCUGCUUGUGUUGGACACAAGAAGAAUGUAAUGGAAAUGGAUGAGCACGGAGGAAUUCAUCAUUCUGAUCUUUUUUCAAUGAUUGGAACUCUUCUUCUCUGGGUAUUCUUUCCAUCAUUCAACGCAGCAAUACAAGAACCAGAAGAUGCACGUCAUCGAGCUAUUAUGAAUACUUAUUUAGCAAUGGCAUCUGGAACAGUGACAACAUUUAUGAUAUCUUCAUGUGUUGAUACUCUUGGUAGAUUUAAUAUGAUUCAUAUUCAAAGUUCUACUUUAGCAGGAGGAGUUGCUAUAGGUUCAUCUGCAAACGCUGUUCUCCAUCCAUAUCAUGCAGUUAUUGUCGGUGUAAUAGCUGCUCUUCUCUCAGUUAUUGGACAUGCUUGGAUCAGUCCAAGACUUGAAAGAACUUUCCAUCUUUUUGAUACUUGCGGAGUUCAUAAUCUACAUGGAAUGCCUGGUAUUUUAGCCGGUUUAUUGAGUAUAGGAUUUGCUUAUUUCUAUGAACCAGAAAGUUAUGGAAAGACGUUAUACCAUAUUUAUCCGUAUUGGAUUGGAGGCGAACUCCAUGGAGAUCGAGAGAACGUUUCGCAAGCACAAUAUCAAGCUUUAGGUUUAUUAACAAUUCUUGUAACUGCUGUUAUUGGUGGUUUGCUUACAGGUUGCAUUCUAAAAAUUAAAGUAUGGAAUCAAGUUGAUGAUCCCGAUUUCCCGCAUGGUGAAAUGAAUUAUUAUGCACAAUCUGAUGUUAAUUUUUUGAGUAAAUAUAAACAUGCCCAAGAGCAAGAGCGACUUCGAGAGCGUGAGCAAAUGCAGGAAAUCUAUUGAAGCUUUGAUAAUCAAAACAAAUUGAUAAUUCGAUAGGGGGAUACAGGAGAGAUUGAGAAAAAUAAAGUAUUAGAAAACUG